UCUCGCGAGAGUUUCCGAAGUACACACUUCCGCUGUUGGAAUCCAGCUUCUAAAAUAUACCGUCGACAUGAGAGAAAUUAACUAUCACAUUGUGAUAUGUAUCCCUUCUCAGUAAAAAUGGUGCCAUCUCCUGGAGUGAAAGUCAUCCUUUGCCUUGGUCGAUCGCUGAUGUUGCAGCGGAGCUUUAGGCUUAUUCCUGUACAGCUGGCCUCAACCUCCCUUCCAAGGAAGCUUUGUAGUGUUAAUACUGAAUCACAGCUGCCAGCAAACCCAGAAAAUGAAUCACUUGUUGUGAACCUGAAUCUCAUGGGUGUUGAUGUCAAGAUGGCACGUAAACGUCAGCCUGGGGUUUUUCGUAAGGUUUCUACUAAUGAGAAAGGCCUUGCUGAGUUUCUGCAAGGAAAAGGUGCUUGCCCCCAAGAAAUUGCCAGCAUUGUGUCCCGUUAUCCCCGCGCAAUAACACGCUCAAUAGAACACUUGGAACAACGCUGGCAGCUGUGGAGAAAUGUGUUCAAGACAGAUGCGGAAAUUGUUAGCAUCCUGCAUCGCUCGCCUGAGUCUUUUUUCCGGUCUAGUGAUAACAAGAACUUGGAGAAAAACAUAGCUUUUCUUAUCUCACUGGGAUUGAACAUUAAACACCUUCAUCGGCUGCUGACCACAGCACCGAGGACAUUCUCCAACAGCGUGGGGCUCAACAAGCAGAUGGUAGAGUUUCUAAAAGAUAUUUGUGUAGAGCUCGGUGGAAAAAACCCAGAGCAGUUUGCAAAAGCUGUCAUAUCGAAAAACCUUUAUAUUCUCAUCAGAAGCACUAAAAGAGUGAAAACAAACAUAGAAAACCUGAGAACCUCUCUUAAGUUGAGCGAUUCAGAAUUGCUGACUCUUCUUCAAGGCCAUGGGGCAGACAUUCUUGACCUCUCUAAUGAGUAUCUUAUAAAAAACUUUAACAACCUUCAGCAGAAGAUGGCGUUACUUGGCUGUGAGAAAAAUGACAUCAAAAAGCUGGUUAUCAGUUAUCCAAUGAUUCUCUACAUUGGGCCAGAAACGUUAAACUCUAAACUUGAUUGCCUCUUGAAAGGAGGAAUAACAAUCAACCAGAUACUGGAGAAGCCUAAGGUGUUGGACUACAGCACAGAGAACAUUACAGGGCGACUGGAGGAGCUGCAGAAAGUGGGAUAUGACUUUAAGAAGCAUGGUAUCAACAUCCUGGAUUCCAGUAAAAAGCGAUUUGUUGCAAAGAUGGGGAAACUUACAGCCUUAUCUGAUGACUGAAUGUUGCAUCUUUGACUGUGAUGCUUACUACCUUUUUUUUUUUUUUUUUUUUAACUAUAACAUUAUAUUCACGUCUCAUAUUCCAAGAUUUUGUUCAUUUAUAUAAUGAUGAAAUCUUGAUAUUUGACUUCAAUGAAUUCUGUUUGGAUUAUUUUAAGAUAACCAAUAUUGCUGCAGUGGUUGUGUCAUUAUGAUUACUUAAAAAGUUAGUCUCUUCAUAAGUCUUUAAAAUAUCAGUUAAUUCACAAGACCCAAUAUAAAGUCUGUUAUUUUUUCAAUUAAUGUACCAUAAUUCCAGUGCAUUUACAUUUUGACAUCAGCAGCAUAUCCACACUGUUUAGAUCCUGUAAGUUGUCAGUGUUUCACACUUAAAUAUCCUCUAAACAAUUGCUCAGCAAUGCUGAGUUAACCAGUUGGCUGGUUAACUUGUUUCACCCAAAAUAUGAAAUAUUUGUUGGCAAAAACAUUUUUAUAUCACUGCAAAGAACACAUUUCCCAUAAUAUACACAGGAAGAAACAUGCACAUUCUCCCUGCUUGAUGGUAUGAUUUUCAUCUGAAGAUGUAAUGUUGGAAUAAAAAUUACAGUUAAAAAAAGUGUACAU